CUUUCCAAUUGAACGGGAUUUUGACAGUGUUAUCUGAACAUAGUCCCCGGCGGAGUAAUAUAUUGUUAUUUAUUGUGUGGCUAUUGCAUGCUUUUUUGGUAUACAAGAUUCCAUGUAUAUAUGAAUGCAAAAAAGGACAGAAAUUAUGAGGCUCUUCAUUGAGCAACAAUUCCAUACGGUGCCUGAGUGACUUAAAAAAUCACUACCAUCUGAGACACCUGAAAUAGUGGAAUGUUGAAUUCAGGCAGCUGUACUACAUUUGGAUAGCUAGAAUAUUGAAGCUUUCUGCAGAGCAAAGAAAGUGUCUUACAACUUGCACACAGAUGCUAACAGAGAUGAUGAUCACUCUUGGUGACCUUAUUUAAGUGCCAUCUGCUUUCUACAGGUCGUAAAAGGAUGCUGACACUGAUGACCUGUAAUCCAUCCUUGUAAUGUUCUGGCGAUCCUUCUAAGAGAAUGUGGUGCCAAUGAAAAUGCUUCAGACCUGGUUACUACCACUAAUCAGCCAAUCACAUCAUGUCAUGCUUCUGUGUCUCCAGGGUAAGAAGAGCGAACUUUGAGGGUGACUAACUGAAGAUUGCUUUAAACAGGCAGCUGCUUGAAAAAGGUCUGCUUUCAUGACCGAAUGUUACCUUGGAUAUGUUUUGGAAUACAUUGGUCUUUGUAUUACCUUUUACCCUAUCUCUGGCCUGGUUUGUAGUUGAAAAGGAAGUAACAAACUCCACUCUUCUCAUCCAGUUAAAAAAAUAAGUGUUUAAGUCAUGAUGCAAGAAUCUGGGAUUGAGACAAAAAGUAAUGGUUCUUCCAGUCAGAACGGAGCUAACAGUGGCAACCAUUUUGCAGAGAGCGGUCUUCGGGAAAUAAGGUCAAAUGGUGAGACGCCUUCAGUUGAAGUCACUGCUGCAGAUUUAGUGCAUCUCCAGCAUCAACAGGCUCUUCAAGUUGCACGGCAGAUCCUCCUACAACAGCAACAAGUUAGUGGAUUAAAGUCUCCCAAAGGGAAUGACAAGCAACCAGCCCUGCAGGUCCCAGUAUCAGUGGCUAUGAUGACACCUCAAGUGAUCACUCCUCAACAAAUGCAGCAGAUCCUCCAGCAACAAGUGCUGACACCUCAGCAGCUCCAGGUUCUGCUCCAGCAGCAGCAGGCACUCAUGCUACAGCAGCAACAACUUCAGGAGUUUUACAAAAAACAACAAGAACAGCUGCAGCUUCAGCUCUUGCAACAACAUGCUGGAAAACCAUCUAAAGAGCAGCAGCAGGUGGCUACUCAGCAGCUGGCAUUUCAGCAGCAGCUCCUGCAGAUGCAGCAGCUCCAGCAGCAACACCUGCUAAGCCUGCAGCGACAAGGCCUGCUAACACUUCAGCCCGGACAGGCCGCCCUUCCUCUACAACCGCUUGCUCAAGGCAUGAAUCCAGCAGAACUACAGCAGAUUUGGAAAGAAGUGACUGGAGCUCACACUGCAGAAGAAAAUGCAAGCAACAACCACAGCAGUUUGGACCUUUCUACGUCAUGUGUGUCAUCCUCUGCACCAUCCAAGGCCUCUCUGUUAAUAAAUACCCAUGCCUCAACAAAUGGACAGCAUAUGGGGCACACCCCUAAACGAGAGAGUUCAUCACAUGAGGAACAAACACCAAGCCACCCGCUAUAUGGACACGGGGUAUGCAAAUGGCCGGGGUGUGAGGCAGUAUGUGAAGACUUUCAGGUAUUUUUGAAACAUCUCAACAGUGAACAUGCACUGGAUGACAGAAGUACUGCACAGUGUCGAGUACAGAUGCAGGUUGUCCAGCAGUUAGAACUACAGCUUGCUAAAGACAAAGAACGCCUCCAAGCCAUGAUGACACACCUGCAUGUGAAGUCAACUGAGCCAAAAGUUACUCCACAGCCUCUGAAUCUGGUGUCAAAUGUCACAUUGUCAAAGACGUCUGAGGCUUCUCCGCAGAGCUUACCUCACACCCCUACCACACCUACAGCACCUAUCACACCUGUGUCACAGGGUCCCUCCGUCAUCACUACUACCAGCAUUCACAGUGUGGGGCCAAUCAGGAGGCGAUACUCUGAAAAAUAUAAUGUGCCCAUUUCUUCAGAUAUUGCCCAGAAUCAAGAGUUCUACAAGAAUGCAGAAGUUAGGCCACCUUUUACAUAUGCAUCCUUAAUAAGGCAGGCAAUUCUUGAGUCUCCUGAAAGGCAACUAACACUAAAUGAAAUAUACAACUGGUUCACGCGAAUGUUUGCUUACUUCAGGCGCAAUGCUGCAACAUGGAAGGGUGCCAUUCGCACCAACCUCUCACUUCAUAAGUGCUUUAUCAGAGUAGAGGAUGAGUUUGGGUCCUUUUGGACUGUUGAUGAUGAAGAAUUUAAACGUGGCCGCCAUAUUCAACGAGGCCGUCCGCGAAAAUACUAUCCUGAUGAAAACUUUGACGAAUUUAUUGCACAUAACCCCUCCCUUAUCAAAAAUAUACAGACCAGCCACGCCUAUUGUACACCUCUAAAUGCUGCUUUACAGGCUUCAAUGGCUGAGAACAGCUUACCUCUAUACACUACUGCUUCCAUGGGAAAUCCUACUCUAAGCACCUUCACCAGUGCUAUGAGGGAGGAGCUGAAUGGUGCAAUGGAACAUUUGAAUAGUAAUGACAGCAGUCCAGGACGAUCUCCUUUACAAGCAAUGCACCCAAUACAUGUCAAAGAGGAACCAUUAGAUCCAGAUGAUAAUGAAGGGCCCUUGUCCUUGGUCACAACUGCAAAUCACAGUCCAGAUUUUGACCAUGACAGAGAUUAUGAAGAUGAUCCUUCAAAUGAGGACAUGGACUGACCAUGCUCACUACUGUUUUCUUGACAGUGAAGAUUGGAAAAGUCAAAUUCAGCUGUGAAGUCUCUUGUCUAUUUUUCUCACUCUGUCCCUCUGCAAUUGUACAUUCUGGAGAAUUCUCAGUCUUUUUUGACGACUGUAAAAUAUUUUAAUUGACUCAGUGCCAUUAAGUAUCCCUUUGGGGAGUAUUUUUGAUUUUUCUACUUUUUGUUGAAAAAAAAAAACAGAAUUUGUAUUCUGUGCAUUGGAUGGACGUGUUUGGUACUUGGGAAUUUCCUCUCUUACAGUCAACAUCAGUGUUGUAAAGUUACUGAAUGAACUCACUUUUACACAUUCAGCUUCAGACUCUGGAAUGCAGUCCUGCCAGCUUAGACAUUGAAGACACGUCAGACUGAGCAUGUACUUUUAAUCUGCAGGUCAAAGCUUUGCCUAGAUCCUACGGAUUCUAAUGGACUACGUAUUUGCACAGCACUGCAUGCUGAUCGUCACUGCCUUCGUUCCAAGUUUUUGCUUCCAUUUGGGUUGGGAUUGUCCUUUGUGGGAAAAGACUGAAUAAGCAUCCCAUUUUUUUAAAUAUGUUUGAAUCCAGUUUGACUACAUAAUUUUAGGUUCUGACCUCAGGCCUCAACCCAGGCCCACUUGUCUCUUAGAGGCAUCAUGUUUAUGUUUUUUGUGAUGAAUGUUAAUAACUGUUUUUAUUAUAUGAAGCUGAAUGUCUGUUGAAUACAAGUUUGUACUUUUCUGUCAUCCAUUUCAUUGUGCUCUGAAGGGAACCUCAAGCCACAGUGUAUUUAAACAGCAUCCCUCGAGUUAUUUUGUUCAUUGCUGUUAACUUAACCCCAGAUUGUGAAGUUCAGACACUGCACUACUCGUGAUGAAGGUCCUUCAUCACAGUUAAAAGGAAGAUGAAGAAUUGCAAGCAGGAGUAUGAAUGAAUGACAGAUAAACUUUGAAACACCGAAUAAAGCAGCCCACCUUUGAACCCCACAAAACAGCAUUGUGAAUUUGCUGUACUGAGGAAUAUUAGUAAUGCCACCAAGCUGUAGUACAGAGUCCACUACAGCACUGAUUGCCUUUGCCACGUUAUAGAUUCAGUGUUUCUGUUUUGAUUCAGAUGUACACAAAGUUGUUCAGUAUACAGGCUUUUGAAGGGUGAAUGUGACAAGCAAUGUGUUAUCCAGGAAUCAGAAUACGUUUCUGUUUCUUGUGUUUACAGUAUAGUAAAUGCAUUUCAGUCACAUAUAUUUCAAUGUUCAUGAUGAAAGGCAUUCCAUUAUUUCCUUAUACUGCUUUUGCAGUGGUAUUUUCUGUAAAUUAAAACAGCAGAUUCUGCUUUGAUGUAAGGGAAGGCAGAUAAAGAGUGAGCCUGCAAUUAAGUGUUGAUUAUUUUUAGCACAGCUUACUGUAGUGCAGGUAAAGAUUUCUCAAAAUAUUGUGCUACACCUUCCGUUAUGAAACACAAAAUGUAGAGAUAUGAGGGUGUUAUCACUGCCACUUGCCUUGUAGUUUUGCAGUACUCCUUGAAGUAGAAACUGUAUCCUGGAAGCUGUUACCAUUAGACAGUGCACUUAUGUACUGUACAACCAAGAACACUUUGAAGUUUUAAAACUGCAACCAGCUGCUUUGUCAUUGUCUUUUUUUCUUACAGGACUGUAGCUUUAAAGUUGUUUUCCAAGCUUUAUAUUUAUAUUUUUCAUUUGUGCCAGAUUUUUUUUCCUAAAAUUACCAAAGAUAAUACAAAAUAUAAAUUCUGUUCUCUGUUUGACGCUUUAUCUUCUGAAGCCAAAUGCCCUGCUCUUGUUUAUCCAAGCAAGCAGUAGAAAUUAGUGAAGGAAGUGGCUUGAUCAGGGGGUAUCGCUGCCCUCAAAUGUAAAGUCCCAUUACCAGGAUGUGUAACAGGCCAAAUAAAUGGCUGAACCAAAGGUGUUUUACAUAUUUAUAUAUCUUUACAGUGACCAAACUAUGUACUGUAAAGGGAAUUUUGAGAAAAUGGUGUGAAAAAGCUGUAGAACAAUAUGAAUGGAAUGGAAAAAGGGAACAUUCCAUCUUUUUGGAAAGGAUGUGUAGGUCAUUGGUAAUAUUAAAGGUACCUUGAAUGGUGACAGCUUGUAGAAUACAGAGAGCAGUAUAAAAUCUUCCAUGACUGAACUGAACCAUUUGCAGUAAUAUUUUUUAUCUUAUCAUUUUAUGGAUAGUUUGUUUUAAAAGGUUAUAUACUUCAUUUUGAAAGGCUGUAUUGGGAAUACUUCAUCAUGCAUGACGUAUUCUGCACAGUUGUGUUAUCUAGGUUUUAUUUACCAUUUUUAUUAAGGAUGUGACACUCCUGUCCAGGCAUAAACUUCGCACAGAAAACUUCAUCUUGGUGAUUACGUUUUUAAGCUGAGCGGCAAUUUCUGUUAAAAAGGGCAGUCUGUGGACUUUGAAAAAUGCUUUAAACUAUAGUCGGGCAGCUUCACAGUGUGCAGGUAAGAGGGUAGCCACUUGGGAUCAUGGGAGGUGACCCCAGUGCUUAUAAACUGAGUGGUUUGCAGGUUAGGUCAGUAGUCAAAAUGGGGAAAUAAAAAGCUGGUAGAUUAGUAUAUUCUCAGCAUGUGUAGCUAGACAUGAGUAAUGAUAACAGCAUGAAAAAAACUGUUAGUACGCAUACCUCAGUUCCGACCUUUAGGGAAUGAUUAAAUAAAAAUACAUUUCACUCAGUUGCACUUAGUUGUGUGUCUUUGCAUGCUUAGUCUAUAAAGGCUGUAGCAACAAAUAAAGUAACGUUAGAGCUUGCCUGUCUUGCAGGUUGUCAGAGCCUCGCAGCAGAACCAACUUUAAAUCUCAGGCUUUUACAUCAGGCAAACUUCACUAUGUUUUUAAAUGUUAAUACCAUAUCCCUUUGGAUAUACGGUUGCUUCAUUAAGGUGGGGUUUGUUAUGUUGUACAUAUAUAUAUAUAUAUAUAUAUAUAUAUAGAUAGAUAUAUAUAUAUAUAUAUAUAUAUAUAUAUAUAUAUAUAUAUAUAAAAAUUAUUCCACUGUGUAAUUGCAAGUCUCUUUUUGGGUGGGGUGGGGGUGGGUGUGAGGGAGGAACUUUAUUUUUAGAUUUUAUUCCUUAAAGAGAAUAAAUGCAUACAUGUCACAACACCCUUGCUUUUGUGCAACCGCUUUGUAUUAACUCUACUUAAUUAGCUUUGAAAAGAAAACUACUGUAUGUAAUAGAAAUGCAGAACUUUGCUGCACAUGUAUUUUAUUUAGUAAUCUUUGCUUUGAAAAUAACAGAUGACAUUUGCUGACAUUUGGGAGGAAAUCCCAGACCUUGCUUUAAAAAUUGUAACAUAGUUGAUUUUUUUUCUUGUUAUCAUUGACCGAAGCAUUUUGUACAGUUUUUGUGUUAAGUUGUUUUUGAUACUUCCCACUUCAUCCUACCACUGCCUUUUUUGGCUGUCUUAAAAAGGUUCAAAAUAAGAAGAAAAGGGCAGAAAAAAAUAAUUCUUCCUGCUGCAGUAAAUAUUUUGCAUGAAAAUGUCCAGGGCUAGACCUUCAAAACUUCAUCGGUGAAGUAGUGAUUAAUAUUGGGGAGUGUCAGUUUACUGAAUUUUUGUAAAGAACUUUACAAGGUGCCAAGAUGUAAAGAUUAAUUUGUUACAUGCUUUUUUUCUCAAAGAAAAGCGUACGUUAUGAACAUAGUACCAUGUAUCAGAUAACUUGCUGUCAGGAAUGAGAGUCACAGCCUUUGGUAUUAAAAAGGAAAUUAGUUUACAGAUGUUGCAUUCUAACUAGUGGCAGGUAAAAAGUCUGGCCUGUGAAAAAUAUAUGGUUAAAAGAAGACAUUUUGACUCUGGUCACCUUAAAUACUAUAGUACUGAAGAGAACACAUUCUGCUACAUGGAAUUAAUUCCUUUUUUUCAUCAAUCUGCAUUUAAUUAUGUGUAAAUUUGCCCUGGGCUUCAGAUAGGAUAAAGAGCCAUUUUAUAUGGUAUAAGAUGUAUGUUUUCUUGAAUUGUAGUAAUUUGUUUAGUAAAGUGGCAUUAUUAACUCAUGAGUCAAAGUGGUACUUUCUUCACAAAGGUGUGGGGCCAUAUAGAUAAUAGGACCUGUUCUGUGAAUAUCCCUUGAAGAAAAUGGUACCGUCCGGAUUCUUAGCAUGGUGCUUCAUAUGUUUGUGCUGCCAGUUAGGAUAUAUUACUGUUGGGGCAUAAAAGAAACUCAUUCCUUACAUCAACUGUUAUUCCAUCAUUCCAUGUCUGUUGAUACAGACAAUAAACAAUGUUUGUGUAGUCAGUUGUAAUUACUGACGUUAUAGCAUUCUCAAAAUGCAAUAAAAUAUUGGUUGUUCACACUGA